CCCAAAUCAUUAAAAUCCCUACCGCAAAUCCUUAGAGCGAAGAAAUUGGCGUCUGACAUUCUCCCUCACUCUCUUUUCAGUUAGGGUUUGCACAACGGUGGUGAGGUUGUGGAUUCCCAAAUUUUGAAGGUAAUUUCUCAGAAGCAGAAGAAGUAGUUGGCACUUGAUAUGGCUCGAAGGAAGAGUAUUGCUAGCAGAAAAUUAACUAAGCGUCAGAUGGUACUGGCAGAGAAAGAUCACAAUAAAGGAAAAGCUUCUAAUAGUCAUCCAAUGAAACAACAUACUAGACAUCUAGGACAGACGACUUCUGAAAUUCCACCUUGUGCUUCAUCACAUGCAAUAUCUCGUCCCACUGAUCCAUUUGCUAGGACAUCUGACGUGAUACCUCCCCCUUCAAUACAAGGGAUACACUCACCACAUACUUCACAACCUACAAAUCCUGAUGCAGGACAUACCAUUGAUAUUCUCCCAAAGAUGAGCAGUGCUAUUGGCAGAAAGUUUGUUAGGCAGCAGAUGGCACUGGCAGAGAAAUAUCGGAAUAAAGGAAAUGAUUCUAAGGGUCAUCCAAUGAAACAAUGUACUACACGUCCAGUGCCGAUGACUUCACAAAUUCCACCAUGCGCUUCAUCACAUGCUAUAUCUCGUCCCACCGAUCCAUUUGCUAGGACAUCUGAUGUGAGAGAUCCACCUUCUAUACAGGGAGUGCACUCACCAUGUACUUCACAACCAACAAAUUUAGAUGCAGGACAUACCCUUAGAUCAUUUGUUGCAUUAGAGACACAAAACAACGAUGGCAAGCCAAUUAUAUACCUUAGUGGACAAGGAUUCUUACCUUCACGCCCUGUUGCUAAUGAGAUUGGGGAUAUCCUCAAGAGUCAUUAUACUGAUCCCUGGUCAUCAUGGAAGAAGAUACCAAUUAUAACAAGAGACUUGUGGCUCGGAGAGUUUUUGAGAAAGUUUUCUAUUUGUCCACCGGAUUACAAUUGGGCAAAAAAGAAUUUUGAAAUACAAGGUGCAGCAAUGAUGAAAAAUAUUCUAAAUGAGGCUCGAACCACAAUGAAUAAACCAAAUUGGGUCAAAGACGAUGUUUGGGAGAGAUUAUGUGAGCAUUGGAAAUCUGAAGAAUUAAAAAAGAAGAGCACCCAAGCUAAUAUGAGUAAAGAGACUGGCACCCUUCCUACUCCAUUGGACUUGUUUCGUCUCAAGCAUCAACUUUCGGACAACACAUGGGUGGAUAUACAGGAGGAAUUUGCACGAACAUUGGAACAAUUGACCAAAAGUGCAUUUGCGCAAGGAAAUCCUCCACCAAGUGAGUCAGAUGUCUGGCAUGCUAUAGUUAGAAAGAAGGGGCUUGGAAUGGUAGGAAGGCCUUGCUAUCAUGGCUCAUCUUCAUCAAUGGAGUGGGUAAAAAGACAAGAUUUUGAUGAAUUAAGAAAAAAAAUGAAAGAAAUUAGAAAUGAAAGAGAUAGGCUUCAAAGUAGAGUUGCAAACAUUGAGAGACUUGCCGAGCAUAACAAUGCAUUGAUUCGAGAAUUGAUGGAAAGUAUGAACAAGCCAUCUACAAUAGAUGAAAGUCAAGAUGAGGAUGGGAGUAACUGAGUGAACCAUAAUGACUCAUUGAUGCUGAUUUACCUUUAAUGUGAUUAUGUCUAAAGGCAAAUGUCCUGUACUUUGGAUAUUAAUGUAUUCAUAGUUAAAAAAUUGCUAAUUUAGUGACUGAUUUACCUUUAAUGUGUUUAUCAACUGAUUUGCUCACGUCAGCUACUAAAAAA